ACCGAUUGGCAAUCUGGCAAUGCGGAAAUAGAUCUGGCACCCCCCGAUCCCGGACUGUGGAGAGAGGCGUGACAGAGCGAGCAGAGAGGAGAGGGGAUUGCAUUGACAAAGAUAAAAUAAUCAACUCUUUCUUUCCUUUUUUCUUUUUUAAUUAAAGUGCUCAGGUGCGCUCAUCUGCACCAGCUGGGGGGUUUCCAGCGUUUGUUUUCCCACCUGACAAGUCUGAGAAGAAGGAAAGAAGAAGUGCGUUUUUAUCGCUUGGAUUCGGACUUCUUUACUGACUUUUUCCUUUUUUGCAUCAAGCAUGGAUGUGUUGGCGAAUUACAGUAUUUUCCAGGAACUCCAACUCGUUCAUGACACUGGUUAUUUCUCUGCGAUGCCUUCCCUGGAGGAGAACUGGCAGCAGACAUGUCUAGAGCUGGAGCGGUACCUACAGACGGAGCCCAAGCGACUCUCGGAGCUCUUUGAUGAGGAGCUGGACUGUCUCUUAACGCCAACCUUCAUGCAGGGCGUUGACAGUGAUGAGGACCUGAUGGACCCCCUCCUCCCCAGCCUCCCUGACCAGCCCAGCCCGCCCCCACUACUGGUAACUCUCCCUAAGCUCCAGGCCAAAAUCCUCCAGGUACCCAACCCCAGCAAGACCCCGGCAGAGGCAGGGACUGAAUCCCUCACACCAAAGGACCAAGUCCUGGCAGGAGUCAGCGCCGCGCAGCUCAGCGCCGCUGUCACAUCCCUAACACCGCCAUCGUCCCCGGAGCUCGGCCGCCACCUCAUCAAGCCCACACAAACACUGACGGCGACAGCAGACGGUACGCUAACGCUCAAAUUUGUGGCAAAGAAGAUGGGGUUAGGGGCAGCUAAACUGGUGGCAGCGCGAGCGCUACCGUCGCCGCCGGGUCGAGGAGGAGCCCUCAGUGACAGCGAGCAGGGAGGAGGAGGAAGUCAGGGAGGAGAUGUACCAGAGAACAAAAAGAGAGUCCACCGGUGCCAGUUUAAUGGCUGCAGGAAGGUUUACACCAAGAGCUCCCAUCUGAAGGCACAUCAGAGGACUCACACAGGUGAGAAGCCCUACAAGUGCUCAUGGGAGGGCUGCGAAUGGCGUUUUGCCCGCAGUGACGAGUUGACACGACACUACCGCAAACACACUGGAGCGAAGCCAUUCAAGUGCAACCACUGCGACAGGUGUUUCUCUCGGUCGGACCACCUGGCCCUGCACAUGAAGAGGCACAUCUGAGGGCGAAACGAAAAAGGAGUGGGAGAGGGGAAGAAGCAGGAGGAGAAAAAAGGAGGAGGAGGAGAGAUAGGAGGAGAGAGGGAUGGGCAGUCAAGCUACCAACCGCCCGCCUUGUUCACCCCGUCCAUAAACCAACCAGUCGCCUGCAGGGCGGCACAUCCAUCACAGAGAGUCCGUGAACAUCAAACGGACCGGCCGCACUCUCACUGGAGACGGGGAUUGGAGGAAAACGAGGAGUAGCUAGAUUGUUGUUUUUCUUUAAAAUUACACAUUCGCACACUUGCAAUAGUGGACACUCAACACAGCCGUCUUUGAAUGCAUCAUCCCGGUGAACCCCGGCUGCUCUCAUGUGGCUCUGGGGGCUUGGACACUGCCAAAUCAUCAUAUACUUAACUUCGCUUGAUGAAACAUUACUCUGCCUUGUUUUCUUUCUCUGUAGUCAGUGUGUUUAAAUCAUAUGGUCACUUUAGGUGAGGAGAUAGUUCAGUGGGGAAUCUUUAAAUAUCCAUAUAGUCAGUUGUUAGUGCUUUACCGGCUUUUUGAAAUCAAAUACUCAACUUUUUUCUUUGUUUUUUAAUGUUUCUCAUAAACGGAACAUAACAAACCAUCAUCUGCCGCAGUCAGCUUCAAUAAUCUAUGUGAAGAAAACAACAACUAAUCUGCAGGAGAGAGACUGUACGGAUUGGCUUCUAGCAUAGCUGACAAUCGAACCCGGGGGCUUGGACGCUGGGUGUUUCGGUGCACCCAUGGGACCUCGGUCAGCGGGUGCUGCUGCAGCUCUCAGGCUCUCCUCCAGUGGGUGUUUGCAUCUCUCACCUUCACUGGGACGCCUGCCGCCUCCGCAGGCCAUCUGACAGAAAUGCGCAGCGACACUUUCUUCCCUUUUUUUCUACUUAGAGGACGAUAAUUCUUCUUAUUGUUGUUAUUACAAAGAAUGACACUUUGUUCUUUUUCUCUCUUGGAGAAAAAAUGUCUUAAAACUCACUGAAUUGUUGUUUGAGGAAAAAAAAACUGAAAGAUGACUUCAACAGAAUGUGUGGGAUGAGAAGGAGAGCGUUGUUGGUCUUUUAAUCCCCAUGUGCACCGGCUCUGCUUCUGCAGUCUGUGAGCAACCAGUGGAUGAGCAGAAAAAACAGAAUCAUACCGACUCUCAGAGAAGGGAUUUGUAUUUUUUUUGGACUACAAUAAAAGCAGAGAGCAGAGAGGUCUUCAGUUUUUUGUGCUGCUCUUUCUGCCCUGCGAUUCACUCCAGCUGAAAAACAAAACCCUCGGAUGACCCUUAGUGGUCUCACACUCUACCGGAGUCAGGCGGAGGACUCGCUAAAAAACGGCAACCUCUUUUUUUCUUCUUUCUUUGCUUUUUUUGUUGAUUCUGAAAGUCAUCCUGGAGCUCGUUCACAGACUCCGAGAUCUCAUCUCCCCGAUGCAGCACUGCGGGGCAUGAACAGAGGCUGAGGAGCUGCUUCAUGGCUAAUACAUGUGGGACUUAAGACGCCAACCGACCUUUUGUGAGGUGGUGCCGAACAGACGCGGUCACGUCGGCCCCGGUCAAAUUUGCCUGUUUCGUAUCCAUUGACUGCACUGACUUUUUUCCAAUGUUAUCUGUGCUUUUUUUCUACAGCGAAAAAAGGAACACAAAGAAAAAAAAUCAUAAAAAGACUUGAAAAAAAUACGACACAAAAAAACAAUUCUGUCUCGCUCUACACAUUGUAUACAGAACAAGCACACAUACUCCGUCAACACACACACACACACACAGACUUACACUGCAGUUUCUUUGCUCACGGCUCCUCUCGAGAUAAGACUAAUAAGAUUUAGGAAAAUAAUUAUUAAACUAAUGAACAGAGUUGGAAAACAAAACACUGCAUGGCAGGCUUUAUUGCAAACACACACACACACACACACAAACACACAUACACACAAACACACAAACACACAUACACACAAACACACAUACACCAGCUCAUAUACACACACACGCACACUCUUCCUGGAAUUAUAUGUUCUGCUCCCAGAUCUUUUUUCACAGUAGGAAUUUAGCAACUGUUGUUUAGUAGAAGAGUAUCUUAGCUCUCGGCUGGAGGUAACAAACGAUUCCAAAUCUUUUGAAGUGAGAAAUCAGCUUGUUCUCAGUUCCAACAAUCACCCACAUAUCCCUCGCUACAGUUUGUGCCUCUCAUUUAAUCAGCGUUUUUACUUUAGAGACUCUGGAUGCAUUGUUAGUUACAAUUGACUGUAGAAACCACGGUUUUCAUCAAAAAUAAAAACAAUUGCAGCAGGUGUUUUAAAAUAUGUUAAAGAAAUGUCAGUAAUCCUCAAAGACCUUUCUGUCCUGCCUCUCAUUCAAUGUUAAUGUCCUCAAGAUGACUCUCAGAAGCAUAAAAAUCUGUUAAAUCAGCUUUCCAAUCAUAAAACCCCCCUGAAAAACAGACAUUUAACCUAGACAUUGGGUUACAUUACAGUAUUUAUAACUGAUGUCACCAUAACAUAUAGUUUGUUGUUGGAGGAUUCAGUCUUAUGAUAACACCAGAUGUUAUGUUGGUGAUAUUUUAUAUUUUGCACAGAAUUUAAUUCAAUUGAACAGAAUUGUCCCAGUAGCUGUGUUUCCAUUCACCUGUUUUAAUGCACAUUUCAAGCAUCACGUUAGAAAAGAUGUAUGGAAGCAGCAAAAUUUAAAUAAAUAAAAAAUCUCCAAUUUUAUGCUUGCUUCAGGUGGUUUUGGAUGGCCAAAAAAAGAGAUAAAAUGGACGUGGAAAUGCUUUUAUCAAAGAAGUUAGCAAGAUAGCAAACAUUUAACAAACAUGACAGAUCAGCUGUUUGCACUGUCUGCAUCUUCCUUGAUAAUAUAUUAACCUAUCUUUGAAACAUGGCCAAUACUAGCUGACAUGAAAGAACAUAUAAAACUUGCCCAAUUGAAACAAGUUCCUGUUCUUGUAGAUGGGUUGGAUGGCCAAAGCAACUUGCUUUCAUUUACAACCUCUACAGUGUAGACUGUCACACCAGCUCUUGGUAAAACUACACUGUAGCCCAGUUUGUUCUCUUACACCCACUUGGUGGAAACACUUAAAAGCCUUUUUUUGUUUGCUUUUCUUUUUCUUUUUAGCAAAAUUUUAAAAGAUUGCUUAAAAUUUGCUUCACACUUAAAUGGAAACAUGGAUAGUGAGAGGAAAUGUCUGAGCUGAAUUUUACAAUGGCACACUAAUUGGCAUAAUAAAGAAGUAAGUAGAUACAUUUUCAUGCAAAAGGCCUGUGGGGUGGCUUUGUGCUUGUGGCAAAUUUGACCUGUUUCAAGUUCAAAUAUAUUCCCUAAAAAUAUUAUCCAGUUAACCCCUGGCCCAUUUAAUAUAAUCACAUACAGAGCUGGGAGAACCUUUAUCAGGUUCCCAUUAUUUGCUUUAUAGAGGGCCCUGGAAACAGAGAAAUGACCCCGAAUAAUGCAGUGCAUUCAACGACCAGUACAGGAAUGACAUUUAUGGACAUGUCUUCAAAAAGUCUUCAAGAUUGUCUUUUAUUUGUGCGCUGAAUGUAAUCACCCAAGCUGAAAUCUCUAAUGUAAAAAAAAAGAUGCAUGAGAGGUGAAAACUGUGGCGAGCACAUAUCCACAACGCCUGCUUCCUUCGCCUAACGGUUGCAGAUAAAAAAAAAUCUAAACUCGCCAACAUCAAACACUGACACCGCUGCUUCUUCUACCCACCACCACCUAUAUGCCCCAUAGCUCAUGCAAACAGUCUUGAUACUCGCUGCUGCUGCUGACUGGUGCAGCUGGGUGAGGGUGCAGGGUUACUGGAGCUGGCGGGGGGAUUUCACAUCCCAGCAUGCCCAGUCAACGUGCCAGUCGGCCUUGCCAGCCUUCAUUAGCUGAAACAGUGAAAACAUUCCCCUUCGAGGGGGUUUAUGGUGCAGCUUCGAACAAUCGAUACCAAAAACCUCCAGCGUGGAACUGCCCUUUAGCCACGGGGCAGAGCGCCGCGGUCAAGAGAGAUCAGCGGGAGACCGCCUCCAUAUGAGGCCUCUGUAUCCAGCGGCAGCUUUCUCUACUAACUUUCUGCUAAAUACAACGUAAAGCAAACAACCCACGUUGAGAUGUAUCCAGUGUUUCACUUUUGAUUUCAUUGCAUUGUUCCGUUUCUGUUACAAAAGCUAUAUUGAUGGUUGUUUUCUUCAGUUUGGAUGAUGCAAAGUCAUGCCAAAAGGUUGAGACAUGCAAUGGGAUGUGGAAGGAGCCCUCCAAUACAGGAAGUACAAUCAUAGAGGGAUGGGGAUCGUAGCACUUUUGUGAGGCUUUUGAUGGCAUGAAUGUGUAUAUGUGUGUAUGUGUGUGAGUUUGUGUGUCCAUUAGGCAUUACUGUGAGGGAAGCAGUGAUUCAGCAAAGUGGUUGAUAACAGAUUUUUAACUGCUGAACACGUGUGGCAGAAAUGUUGGUUGUUACAUUUGCUGUUUGAAAAUGCUUUUUAAUCUAAGCAAAGGCUGACAAUGUAUUUAAUAGUUUUUUGUUCAGACCCUUCAUACUUUCAUUCAUUCAUACAUUCAAACAUACAUAAAAGUCAUGGAGCUUGAAGAGAUGGAAACUUGCACUUUGUAUUAAAGCGUGCUAAAUGUGAUUCCCCUUAGCCUGAUUAGUUUAAUUGACACUUAAGGCUCAUUAUUUUCUGCGUUUCUCCCCAAACAUCUAAAAGUUUAUCAGUAUGUGUUCUGAUUAUUUAAAGACUGGUGAAAAAAAAAUCAAUAAUAUCUGGAUGUUAAUCUGAUCUUAAAAUGACCAUUUGCAACACAAACACUUUAGUUUAAUAUUUUCUGACCUGCUAAUACGACAAGAGGACCUACUUUAGGGAAAACCGAAGCUUCUUUUUCAUGCAUAGUAACCUCAUUAUUAACAGAUAUGUGCAUAUGAAUGCAGAAUCUUUACGCAAAUCUUUACGAUUAUAGUCCCAGUAGUAUUGACCAAUCACAUUUCAUCAAGCUUUGGUUGCAUGCAGGUAAACAGACUGUGAGGAGAGGCAAAGAGGCUGAAUGCAUUGGCCGAAAUGCAAUUUUGGAACCCAUCAUUUGUCACGAUAAUUAAGCUUUUUAUCCACUUUUUUAAAUACUUCUGCAUUCCUAUACAGAUAUUUUUGGUGAAAAUCAAUAAACAGCUAAAAUAAUGAGCCUUAAGUACACUCUAAAAGGAAUUUGUCAGUUUCAGCACUUAUUUUGCCAAUUUUGUCCCAAACUACGUCAACACACCAAGUUCUUGAAGAGUUUCUAAACUUUCAAAAUUGUUGCAGCAUGCAGCAAAUACAACUCAUAAUUCUCCUCUUUAAUUUAAAACACUCUUGACAUGCUACAGAUCUCAAAGUCACUUCAGAUUCACAUUUGGUUUCUGUGGUGUUGAAGCAGGUUUUCUGUCACAGUGUUGCUCUGGGUCUCCUGUCGUCUCUCAGGCUCCUCCAGGCCAGCUAGCAGCCGUCCCACAGCUCUGAUUAGCAUUAGCACUCCCGGGUCCUCUUCUCUUGUUGCAAUUCAGCUAAUGAGAUGGCUCUGGGUCACAGGGAAACUGAGUGGUCUGGAGUAAAAAAAAAUACAAACAACAGGGACCUUGAGCCGGACCGUUUCCAGCGCUCCGUACCCAGUGGGCAGACUUGAUGUGGAACAAACAGAAGAUCCUGUUAGUAUUGAGAAAUGCCAGGAGAUAGUGAGAUAUUUGUCAAAGAGACUAAACUGUGAUGAAAAAAACUAAAUACGAUUUAAAAAAUCAUCACCCACAUGAAUAUCCGAAUCAUUAAAUCAGCCCUUGCAUUUUAUCUCAUGGAUUAAAGAUAAAAUAAAUUACCAUUUAUCUGCAAAGUCCCCACAGAUAUUUAAUCCACUCUGUGUCCCCAGACCCUCCCUCUUCCUUCACAGUUAAAGUGCCAUUCUUGUCUCCCUCCAUCCCUCCCUCCAUCCUCACCCCAUCUCUCCCUCUCUGUCCACAGCAGUUGUCCAUGCACUAUCAGCUGCAGGAAUGCUGAAUGCACAUUUUACACAUUUUGCCCAAAGAUUUGCAUAUUUGCAAGUUAACUGCUGUGAAUGUAGUAGAUGUAGAGGAAAGAGCCGAGAGGCAGAGACGCAGAAAAAAGGAGUGUGGAAGAAGAGGGAUUGUUUUUCUUACAUGAUCGUCCCAUUAAAUCUUAAUUACCGGUAUGCUCCGACUCUUCACACGUCAUAACAUUCUCAGUCUCUUGUCUACUGUCAGCUGGAGCCGAAUUCAUCGUUCACAAAUGUAAAAUAAUGUUCUCAUGGUCUUAUAGUCAGGAGUGGAGAAGCUUUAGUUUGUGAGCUUCUUGGCCCACUGCAAAUAGUAAUGUUCAGUAUCAUUUUUCAAAAACCACAGGUGGUCUGGAGCCUUUGGAAAUGUUAAACUGUUGACUAUGGAAACCAAUACAACACCAACUUUUUAACAAGUUUACCAUUUCCAUACAUCAGAUGGUUAAAGUUCAAUAGAAAUCCAGAGGAGAAGUCCUACCUUCUGGGGUUUACUGAAGGCGCUUUCACACUGGCAGAUUAGUCCGAAUAUGGGAACAGUUUGCCUUUUUCUUACUGAAACUCAGGUGCAACCACAUCCACCUGAAUGAGGGGAUCUGAAAUAUAAGCAAGACAAACUGUAGUACGGUUCAACAUGUUACUCUGAAAUCAUUAAGUACCAAUGCUUGGUCGUGUCCCUCAGCAUCAGAUAUACUCUAAGUAUCCCUUUAGGGUCAGUUUUGAACAUACAGUAUCAGGACAGUGUAUGUGUUUGUUUCUGCUCAAUAAAUGCAUAGUAGCUUUUCAAAUGAAACUUCCUAAAUUAGGUUUAGGCACCAAAACUACUUGGUUAAGGUGAGGAAAGAAGAACGGUGUUGGGAUUAAAAUAAGUUCUUCCCUAUGCAGUUACUGGACACAGUUACGUAGGUGACAUAGAACAUGAUGUAGAACAUGAUCCAUCUAUGUACUGAAGUUCAUUUUUUAGGUUAAAUCAAAAUAACAUUGACUUUUAGUUUCAUACAGCAUUAAAUUAAACAGAAGUCUCCAGGGUCAAAGUCCUGGUUUGUUAGACCUCCAUCUCUCCGAACCAUCUACACACAACUGCUGAAUCUGUACAUUGUGUUCUGGGAGUUUAAUAUUGUUGUGGAUGGGUUAACUUUGGAGUUAAUGCAGAUGUGGUGUGUCUCAUAAAAACACUAGAUUCCUUGUGCACCCAUAUCUGAUUCAGAGGGGCAUUCGACAAAUAUUUGGGAGUGAAAAUCUUUGCAUGUUUUGUGUGGAAAAAAACAGUUUGUACUCCAUGGGGAAACAAUUGUGUACGUCAUGACAAAAUGAUUGCCAUUCUUGCCAUAUUCAGACUGGAACCAACAAAGUGUGAAAACAGCCGUUAGACGCCAUCUUUGACCACAGCCAGUUGUUUGGACACAGUCCUUUGAGGGACCAGGCUUCAGUUUCCACAGUUUUCUACCAUAUCACCCUGAAGAAGGAUUGUCACUUCUGGCAGCUUUGUAAAUAGCGUGAGAUCUUACAGUACACACAGACCGUUCUGUGUGAAAUGAACUACGUACGUGGUGACGGCACCGUCUCAGACAUUUCAGCGUUUCUAUAGAUCUGCUUUAGUUCACGCAAACAUUGCACUACAUGAUCAUACUUAGCUAUCGCACUCUCCAUGUGCACGCACUGCUAGCUUAGUCUGUUGGAGCACUCUGUCAGAUAUCCACUUAACAUUUGUUCCACGUCCAGGAUGCACUUUGCCACCAAGAACCACUCGCAAUAGAUCAGAGUGACAUAUCGACUCAAACCUCCAGUGAAAUGCCUUUUUCAUCUCCGUUAUUCUGGGUGAGAAAGUUGAACUUUCAGUCAUGGUGUGACUUGGUUGAACUUUCUUGGUAUCAGUGGCAUCCCGGAGUGACUCUGUCUGUCUGUAACUACUGUGUUUGUCCAUGCUUGAUGUGUCAGUAUAUAAGAGAUUCAGAGAUCUUUACCCCUCUCCUUGUGUCUUUAUAUUUCACCUCACCCACACCAAACCCUCUCCACCAAAACCACAAGCAGUCAGAGCCCUCUGGGGCCCAAACACGCUCAUAGUCUUCAGAUAUCCAGCUGCACUGGGAAGUAUUUCUCAAGAGCUAUGCAGCCUUGGAGCUCCGAGCAGUUCUUUGGUGAGACUGCAAUAACUUCUCUCCACCUUACCAGCUAAAUGUCUGGUCAGUUGGUACAGUUUCAGUUCACUUGGCCCAUCCUUGUAGGUGCUUGACUAUCUGUCAGUUUAUCUGCUUCGUUACACUCUCAUGCCUGAUGCAUUCUUGUAGAGGACUUAGAGCUUAAAAACUACUUUUUGUUAGUUUUUAGGAACCUCCAAGUAUGUGCAAAAAGGAUCGGUAUCACAAUUAUUUUCUCUGUCUCCAUUACGUAGCUCAGUAAAGUAUUGUAUCUAAGGAAUUUGGCACUUUUUUGCUGUUUAACUUGUUUUAAUUCCUGUACAAACACAGAAGCAAUACUAAAACCCUCCCAGGAUCAAAGAUUUUAUGCCUUUUUUCAAUUUGUACAAUCCUCACCAAGUCUGGAAUAUUUGGAUUUGUGUAGCUGACUAUCCAUUGGCCUGCCCUAGAUUUUUUUUCUGGAGUGAAACAAGAAAAAAUGAAAAAAUGGAACUCAGAGACCACAGACCACCACCAAAGCCAAAAACCUUAUCUCACAAAGUUUAAUGAUUUAAUGAUUUGUGUGUCCACCCCGUGAUUUGUAUCUGUUCCGAAAUGUAUUGGGUUCUUUAUUGGCCCACGCUACACCCUUCCACCAAGUUUCAAGAAAAUCGGGCUACGAGUUUUUUCCACACUGAUAACAAACAAUCCAAUCUCAAAAACAACUUUCUUGGCGGACUUGAUAAUCUCCUUCAGUACUGUUAUGACUCAUGACGGUGUAGAAGAAACUCAAUAAUCCCUCAUAUUGCUGAUCAACAAUGUUUUGGUCCUCAGACCUUUAUAAGUGUAACUGUGUCAGGAUUAUUUAGUUUCUUUCUAUAUUAUAAGGAUACUUUUGCUCAUCGUUCCUGUUGAUUACAACAACAUGUUCCUGCUUGUGAGUUUUUCAGAAAUCUUGGACGUGUCGGAGAAGACAAAAGAUGUAAAUGUUUCCCUCAGGUUCAAGUGCCAAACAAAAGUGGUUAAACUUGAGGUUUUAGAAACGUGCAUGUUGUUUAUUUUGACGGCACAAUCAGACAUUGUUAAGUUAAUUAUUAAAUCUCUGCAAUGCAUCUGGUGAGCAAAAUAAUAUUGCAGCCAACAGGAACGACAGUCGGAAUAAGAUCCAUAUUAAAAAAGUCACUACGAAUAUAUUUUGGAGACACAGAAAUGAUUCUGGUGCCAAUCCUAAAACCACUUCUUGUAGGAAAAAAGUGACGAAUCCAGCGUUGUCACUGAGUGAAAGCUGCACCUUUAUAUCAUCACAGUGAACUCAAACCAUAACUGUUAAGGGAUCACAACUCUGUAUUUCCUGGGAUGAGUCGACAUGUAGAGAAAAGAGAAGACAGCAGGUGUGUUUUUACCAUCACAACAUCCUUCUCACCCAUCCUGCAGGGGCUCUGUUACUCUGAUACCUUUCAUUUCAACUUUUGAUCCAUAAACCUUCACUCCACACUCGCCUUCCUCUCCUCUGUUACCGUCACCUCUGUUGACUUUUUUAUUUUAUUUUUUAUUUUGAGUUCUCUUGUUUUACUUACAAUUUUUUGCUGUACAAAAUGUUUAAAAUAUUAUUUGUAUUAUAUGAUGUUAGUAUGGUAAUGUUCUUUAUUAAGGAAGAAGAAAAUUUAUUUUUGUUACUGGUCUGUUUCAUAAUUCUUUUCUAAAUUGGUAUUGUAAGAUAUCUAUGCAAGAACUGUUAAGUGGAGCAUUUUUAUUUAAGAAUGUAAUAUGUGUAAUAAAUGGUAGAAUCUG